GAACGGUUCGAAACUUGACUCGAUCGACAUAACCUGAAAACCCGUCAUGCCACCGAAGAAGAGUGCCGGUGCCGGUGCGAAAACGAGCAAGGGUAAAUCCUCGGAGGAGGGCGGGAAGGCGGAGAAGAAAGGAGGAAACGCGGUGAAAGUGCGACACAUCUUGUGCGAGAAGCAGUCAAAGAUCCUCGAGGCGCUGGAGAAACUGAAGGCCGGCCAGAAGUUCAACGAGGUCGCGGCGACGUACAGCGAGGACAAAGCCAGAUCUGGGGGUGAUCUCGGUUGGAUGACACGUGGCUCUAUGGUGGGACCGUUCCAAGAGGCUGCCUUUGCGCUACCCGUUUCCAGCCUGGCGUCUCCGGUUUACACGGAUCCCCCGGUAAAAACGAAGUUCGGAUAUCACGUUAUAAUGGUGGAAGGUAAAAAGUAGUUUUUUUUUGUUGGAAGCCUAUGGUUUUUUACGAUGCUUUUGUACAUUAAUGAAAUUCGCCUGAUUAAGUAAAUAUAUACACUGUUAGCACUUGUUCAACGUCUGUGAUGCAUAUCGUAUCUAUUUUACUAAUGUGCAUUUAUUUCCUCGAGUUUUUUUCCGCAAGGCAGACUCUUGGCUCGUACAAUUAAAUGAUCUGAUAAUACAAAUGAGUGCGUAAAAGUGAAACGCCGUUCCUUUAUGUAUAAAAAACGAAAUGAAUAAUUGCACAGUGUCGAUUAAUCACGAAUUUAUUUUGCUACGUGGGAUGUACAGUCGCUAUACGUGUACGUACUAUUUUUAAAAUUAAUUCCACAUAACUGUUUUCGGAAACUACAAUUCUAAAAACCCUGAAUAUUACAAUAUUAUUAUGCUCCAUGUACCUACACUGAGAAAAACGUAGUAAAAUUAACAAACAAAAUUUGGCUGAACGAAGGUUUCUCCAGGCAAAUGUUAAGUCGUUUAAAUAAAUUGUAUAAUUACU